UUUAAAAAUUCAUCCCGUGUUGCACCAAACUGCCCUUCAUGGCGCCGAUUCUGAGAAUAGCUGUACUUCAACUGGACAGUUUUCCUUCCAAGAAGGAAGCAAUAGAGAACGCAAUCAACCUGAUCCGUACGGUUGUGAAAGAUAAACGAGCCCAGCUUGUUAUACUGCCGGAGUGUUGGAACUCGACUUACAGCACCGCUGAGUUUGCCAAUUCGGCCGAAUCCAUUCCGGACGGGGAAACCUCGCUAGCUUUGUCGCAGGUGACUUCAGAAUUGGGAAUCUAUUUGAUUGGGGGAACGUAUCCGGAGAAGGAUGAGGACAAACUUUUCAACACGUGCCCAGUGUGGGGGCCCAAAGGUGAAUUUUUGGGCAAGUAUCGUAAGAUGCAUUUGUUCGAUAUGGACAUUCCCGGAGUUUGUACGUUCAAAGAGUCCAGCGUGUUCACGGCGGGAAACGAGUUUUUCACAUUCAACAUUGGUGAGUUUAAGGUGGGUGUGGGUAUUUGCUACGAUCAGCGGUUUCCGGAAUUUGCUGCUGUCAAUCGCCAGCUGGGUUGUGACCUGUUGGUUUUCCCAUCCGCAUUCGAUGCCUUCACUGGUCCGAUGCAUUUCGAGCUGAUCGCCCAAGCUCGGGCGCUGGACAACAGUAUGUUCGUGGUGCUUUGUUCUCCGGCACGGGAUGUGACCAAAGAUUACGUCGCAUACGGUUACUCAACCAUUUGUGAUCCUUGGGGUCGAGUCGUGUGUCAUGGCAAAGAGGGUCCCACGGUUCUGACGGCGGAGUUGGAUUUUGAUAUGUGCUCCACGAUCCGUAAGCAGAUUCCGGUGCUCAAUCAGAAACGAACUGAUAUGUAUAAAUUGCAAGUGUUGGCAUGAAUAAGGGAGAAGAAUCGUUUUAAAAUAAAUUGCUUUGGUGUUGGUAAAA